CGGACUUGGGCCCACUUCCGUGGGCCGGUUACGGGCUGUUUAAUUAAUAUUUAUUAUUCAUUUUAUUUUGUUUCCUAAUUUAAUUUGUUUCCUAGUAGGAUUUAUUUAGGACUUCUAUUCUUACUAGAAUUAGAGGUUUCCUAUUUCUAUUUAGUUUCCUAGAAUGAUUUAAUUAGGAGUUCUAUUAGAACUAGAGGUUUCCUAUUCUAUUUAGUUUCCUAGAAUAAUUUAAUUAGGAUUCCUAUUCUUAUUAGACCUAGAGGGUUAUUUAUACCCCUUGUAUGCUUCAUUCUUGAUCAUCUGGGAAUAAAAGUUUGGUUUAGCCUUUUGGCUUUGGGCAACGAUAUUUAUUUAUCGUUGAUUAUCUGGGCAACGGUUCACCCCGUUGAUUUUACUUUUCUGUUCUUAUCAAUUGGUCCGACCUGCCGGAUCCCCGUCCCGCCAAGAUGACAAGAACUCAGAACGAACGUCUGGCGGAAUUGGAGGCUGAACAGGCCCUGGUAAAUCAAAAGCUCGAUUCACAAGGAGAGAAACUGGAUGUACUGGCUCGGAAACAAGAGGAGCAGGCCGCCCGGCUUGCGGAAAUCGCAGAAUCCCUGGCAGCAAUCGCAAAGGCCAUGGUACCGCCAGCGAAGUCUCCAAGCACGACCAUCGAGAGCGGCUCCUCCGCCCACAUCGCGACUGCUUUCACCGACGAGGGCGGACCGCGCAGCGCAUCCACGACACUGCUUCCCUCAUUCGACGGUGAAGACCCAAUUGGGUGGCUGGCAAGAGUGGAGCAGCAAUUCGAGCUCAACAGGACCCCACCGGAUAGACAAAUUGCAGCGGCUAGGGUUUCUAUGGAAGGGGCAGCCCUCUAUUGGGUGACAUGGUUAAAGGCGCGCAAACCUGGCAUAUCCUGGGAGGAAUUUAAGCAAGCCUUGGUGGCUAGAUUUGAUUCCUGAUAUCAAGGAAACAGAUUUGAGCGGCUAGCUGGCGUUAAACAAAUUGGGCAAGUGGAAGAUUACAAUACUUUGUUUGUACAACUCGCCAGUCAAGUACCCGGAUUAACUGACGAUCAUUACUUGGGCUAUUACAUGAGUGGGCUUAAGGAGAUAAUCCGAAGCUCGCUGCGAUUACUUCGACCAAACAACCUGGAGAUGGCUAUGGAAUUAGCUCGCGAAGUGGAGUAUAAUCUGUCCGUCCAAAGUGGAGAAAGUGGCAGCCUGAAUUAUCAUUCUUCGGGGAUACGUUCCAGCAGUUUUGUAAGGGCAAACACGGGUCCCCCGUUGACUGCCACCGGUAGCAGCUUACAGGGCUCAGG